AUGUAUUUGUCAAAAGUACCUACAAAACUUAUAGAAGAUAUUGGUAUAGGGUUGUUUCCGAGCUUGAAACUUCCGGCUAAUUAUAGGUUUUUGCCCUCUACAAACGGGUUUUUGCCCUCCGCAAACGGGUGCUUACCCUCCGCAAACGCGUACUUACGUAAUCUACGGUCCUACGCCUACCUCGAAGAAGACGAAGCUUACUCGUCGCUACGCAAUACUACCGAGCUAUUUGCCUAUACUAGCUUCCUCUCUCCCUACUUCUCAGAACGAUCCCCGCUUCUUAGGUCUAUACUAGACGAUUGCCGCUUAGUUUUAGAUACGCUCCGGUCCUACCGGAUACUAUCCUUCCGUUAUAUCGUAGACUCUUCGUAA